UGUAGCACCUGGGGCGCCCGGGCCGGGUCGCGUAGUGCCGGCUGAUCGCCACCGUCCGGCAUGAAGUACUGGGGUCUUGCAGCAGCCUUCUCUUCUCUCCAGCGCCAUGGUCUGCCUGCGGAGACUGACCCGAUCUCUGCCUCUUGCGGCGCGGCUGCCCCGGCGCACCCUGUGUGCUCUGGCCUUGAGCCUGACCCCUGUGACUCGUGCUGUGGACGCCCGCGGCCGCGCGGCCGGACUUCUGGGAAGGAACCGGGCCGCUCCGCGAUGUGGGCCCCACCGGAUCCGCAUGGCAGGUGAAAUAUACCGGUUUAGAACUUCUGAUAUCUCUCAAGCCACUUUAGCCAGCGUAGCCCCAGUGUUUACUGUGACAAAAUUUGAUGAAGGGGGAAAUGUUACUUCUUUUGAAAAGAAGAAGACUGACUUAUAUCAAGAGUUAGGCCUGCAAGCCAGAGAUCUCAGGUUUCAGCAUUUAAUGAGUAUCACAACAAGAAACAACAGGAUCAUCAUAAGAAUGGAGUAUUUGAAAGCUGUGAUAACUCCUGAGUGUCUUCUGAUAUUAGAUUAUCGUAAUUUAAAUUUAGAACAUUGGCUAUUUCGAGAACUCCCUUCACAGCUGGCUGGAGAGGGUCAGCUUGUUACAUACUCUUUACCUUUUGAGUUUAGAGCUAUAGAAGCACUCCUGCAAUAUCGGAUCAGCACUCUUCAGGGGAAACUUAGCAUUUUGCAGCCACUGGUCCUUGAGACAUUGGAAGCUUUAGUGGAUCCCAAACAUUCUUCUGUAGACAAAAGCAAACUACAUGUCUUACUGCAGAAUGGCAAAAGUCUAUCAGAAUUAGAAACAGAUAUUAAAAUCUUCAAAGAGUCGAUUUUGGAAAUCUUAGAUGAAGAAGAGUUGCUGGAAGAGCUUUGUCUAACAAAAUGGAGUGACCCGCAAGUCUUUGAAAAGAGCAGUGCUGGGAUUGACCAUGCAGAAGAGAUGGAGCUGCUGUUGGAAAACUACUACCGAUUAGCUGACGAUCUCUCCAAUGCAGCUCGGGAGCUGAGGGUACUGAUUGAUGAUUCACAGAGUAUAAUAUUCAUCAAUCUGGACAGCCACCGUAAUGUGAUGAUGAGGUUGAACCUACAGCUGACCAUGGGAACCUUCUCUCUUUCGCUCUUUGGUCUAAUGGGAGUGGCCUUUGGAAUGAAUUUGCAGUCUUCCCUUGAAGAGGACCAUAGGGUGUUUUGGCUGAUUACAGGAAUUAUGUUUAUGGGAAGUGGCCUAAUCUGGAGGCGUUUGCUGUCAUUCCUUGGACGCCAGCUUGAAGCUCCUUUGCCUCCUCUGAUGGCGUCUUUACCUAAAAAGGCAGAUAGAAGGAUGGAAUUGAAACACAGUUUCAGGCCAGAUGGAUUCGGAUCAAGCAGGAAUGUCCUAACAAACCGUUAGGGAAAACACAGUGGCACCUGGUAUUUCUUAUGGGGGUCGUAGGAGAAGCCUCUUGUUCUUAUGACUUUUAUAGAUUCAGGGACUUGAAAAAAAUUACUGAUAUUUAAAAUACAAUAUCUGCCAGUAAAAAGUAUAACGGCGGUCACCAAACUUCACUGCUUUCUCAGAAUUCUGAGAAAAGAAAGUGCUUGUUUCAAAAGGCCAAAAUCUAUUUCCUAUAAACUUAAAAGUCUGUUUUUGUAGACAUGAGACUUGUAAAGUGUUGACACAGUUAAGUUUUAAUUUAUACCUAUCAAGAAAAGUUCAAUUUAAUGCUGAGUAAAAGCCUGGAAAUUUAACAAAACCACCUUUUUAAAUCACAAUAGCCCCCUUUUCCCACAAGGAACUAUAUUCUUGUGAAUCUUCACACUCCACACACAGGUCACUAAAAAGCUAGCAAAAUAUAUAUUGACCUUAAAAUAAACUCUGGAAGUUUGUGCUUUAAAUUAAUCCUUGACUUAUAGUUGCCUUUUUUUUGUUUGUUUGUUUUUUAGGUGAAUAAAAAUAUUUUAACAAGAGCUAUAUGAAUUUAUAUGAAUUUUAGUUAAUCAGGUUUUACUUUCUCACCCCUAAAACUUUUUCUUUGCUUAACUGUCAAAGCCAUUGGAAGUAAAGUUUAUUCAUUUCGUUAGUGUUAUAGCUGUUUUGUUCAUUCCCGAAGGGUCUGUUUACCAACUGGUCUGGUAAUAGAAAUAAAAAUGCCAGUGUAGUAACUAAUUCAAAAAGACAGAUGAAGUCACAGGUUAAGUUUUCCUCAUUGCGCCAGUGGCUGUGGAAGUCAUUGACGAGAAGUUGGGAUGAGAAGUUGGGAUGGACGGGAUGGGACGGCAGGCUGGGCUGGGCUAGGGGCCGCAAGGGGCCCUUGCUGCUGUCAGGAGCACGUUCCUGGCUUCUCCAUGGGGAUAUGAGAAACCUGCUUGAUUUCUGGGAUAAAGUAUCCUCGAUAAUACUUAACAUUUCAUAGGGCACUCUUUGGCACUCCUCAAAACUAGUAAAAUAAACAAGUAAUAUUAACUAUACUUAACUGUACCAUAGGAGGAAUUCAAAGCAGAGAGCAAAAUGAUUUAACUAAUCAGGGCUUAGAUAGGAUACUGGUCAUUUUUCCUUGAGUUAUGACUUUGUUUAUAAACUUUUUUUUUGAUAAGUCUGUUUUAUUGGUAAAAGGGAAAAUAAAUGCAACUACCUCAUUAAGUCUGAUAAAGGGAAGUUACCAAUGGCUUAUAAAAUUGUGAAGGUGCUUAUAUCAAAUAUGAUUUGAUCUACCUUUCAUACUCAACUAGCUCAGCUUUGGUGAUUUCAGGAUACUUCUUAAAGUUCUCUUUAAUAAAACAACCUAUGCAAAAAAAAGAAAAAAUGUUGAGUAGUUUUAAAGUUUAAGUUGAAAGAAUAAACUAAGCACAUAAACUACUAUUUGAAAGUAAGGUGAUGGAAUAAAUACCAAACUUAAUUAAGUAAUCUUAACCUCUCUUUAGCAUGUGAAAAUGCAAAAUAUGUCUCUCUUAACAGUAUGCCUUUGCUUUUGGAAAGCUCUUAAGUAGUAUGCAGAAUAGACAUCAUUUAGGAUCUUAUUAGCACUUGCUGUAUUCUUGAGGAACUCAGACUGUUUUAAAUAACUGUUAAGCAAUCUCAUAAAGCUAUUUAUUUCGGUAAGUUACCCCAAAAGUUGUACACAUGUUCAUUGCUUAGAAUUGCAACAUUAAGCUCACACUUUAAAUGUAAGAUUUACUUUCAUUUACAUCAGUAAUAGCUACAGAAUGGUGGAAUGGGCGAUGCAUGGGAUAAGGACUUCAGAAACAGUUACUCCCAAACUUAAAUCGUAUUUAUUCUCUUAGAUCUUAUGCAACGACAUAAAACAAUUUCGAUCGAAAAGUUCAAAGUUGUAACGUAUAUACAUAAAUAAACAGUGAAAGCCUGUAAAUGUGAUAUGCUAUCUUGAAAUAAAAGUAAUUUUGUCGUAUAAAUUUAGACUCGUAUUAAUGAGAGUUUAAAACCCUACAAGGUCUCCCCAUCUUUGCUACUAUACAUUUCAGAGCAAACAUUUUAGAACUACAGUUAAUUCUUACUUACUGGGAUGAAAAUUUAAUCCAUCUGCUUGAAUAAUACAUUUGAUAGUAAUAUAUAUUUUUUUGUUCUCACCUAUCUGCUAUACAGGAUUUCCUCCAUUAGCGGGAGCACUAUUUACAUCACUUCUCACUAUGUGGAAUUAGUAUAGUUAAAUGUCCUACAUGAAAACUUGCUUAUGAUUUGUAAUUUUAAUCUCCAGCUGGUGGUUGCUUCCUGAUAUGGCUUAAACAUGGGUUAUAUCAUGUGAUAACUGAUACAAUAAUGACAAAGUACACAUUCUUCUAAAGAAAAGAUUCAGUACAGAGAGAAACAUUUCCUGGCUGAAAUGCCUUGUCAUCAAUAUGUUCUUCACCCAGACUUCUUGAGAAACCUAGUAAAUGAGUACAUCUAACUCCUUGUAAUUUAAAAUCAGACUUCCUUUUAAUUAAAAAUACUUCCUGAAAUGAGUUGCCAGUAAUUGUUAUCCAAACUAAGCCAAACACAUAUCUCUUUAAGAAAGAUGGAAAUGCCAGGAGGAAGCAGGGGAGCUGCCCAGCUGUGUGCCUAUUCACGUUCUUUUCUUAUGUGGACUCACUUUAUGCUCACAACUUUAACUUCUAGUUGAUGUAACUUUAUGCUUCAGCGGGACUCCUUAGACCAUCUAUUCUGCCUCUUCGGGAAACUGAUAAGGGCUCCUGCCCUGUGUUAUUCUUCUCCUAUUCUUGGUUUCCUUUUACUGGUAUCAGAAGAGGUUCUUCCUUAUUGACACAGAGUAAAGUAGUUAUAUUUACAGAUAAUCCUGUACCUUUGUAGUAAAACUAAAACUCCAUGGUGUAUUCCUACUCCUUAAGUAUGCCUGCAGGCCUGCUAGGUGAAACUACACUAUUAAAACCAGCCCAGGAAUAAGUAAAGCCAAGCCUGUUCCACUCCUCUUGGUUCCUUAGCAGUGAGUAGCCUUUAGCUCAGGCCAGAUCUCUUCUCUUUGUGUUUGCUAUGGUGGCACAACUUGGCCUCUAAUGCAACAGAGGCCACUCUUGAAGUGACUUGUUCUGCAGUUUUUACAUUUGUCCUUCACUAUAUGAAACAUUCAAAAUAAUUCUCAUUCAUAAGCAACCAUAUCAUUUACACAUGAUUUUGGAGUUUUGAGGUCAUCCCUCACACCCCCAUACUUUUUCAUUCAUUCUGUUUCUCUACUGUUUGACCUUGCUUUAUGCGAUUUCAUUUUGAUUAUAGAAAGUCACCAAUUUUAAAAGGACAUCUUUAAGAAGGAAUUGUGUGUAGAGAUUUUCCCAAGAGAUAAACAGAAGACUUUCUAGGAAUUAUAUGGAAGCAGAAAUUCAGCAUACAACAGGGCAUGAAUGACCACUGUCUGCUACUUGCCAUAAUUCUGAUGUAGUCAUAAUUUAUCAUCUGCCCAGAUAGCCUGGCUGUGUAUGUCUUCACUCCCAGGAGCCUCAUCUUUGUCUAGAAGAAUCUACAAAGGUUCAUGCCACUUUGUCCACCAAACCUCCCACCCUGGAGAUGGUGUAGCAGGAGAGAGGG